AUGUCUGAACGACAACAGAAACGAAAAUAUAAAAAGGGUAAGACAAGACGAAGAUAUUCACUAGAUGAUAUAAAAGAUAAAAGCAUUCUAAAGUGGUAUCAAAGAAAAUAUAUUUUACUUCUAUUUUCAAAUAUAUUUUACUUCUAUUUUUAAAUAUAUUUUAGAGUAAAAUAACUUAAAGAUUGA